UUCGGGUAAUGACGUCACUCGUGUCGAAUUGUGUAAACAGAGUAGCCAACGUCUAGAAGUAAAACAUUUUUGGUGUUGUAAUAUUGGCACAUGUUCAUGCAUCGUCACACUCAUGCCGCUUAUGCCACUCAGAACUACCGAAAAAUGAAGUGAUGCGGGAAGGAUGGCUGAAAAAAAUAGGAGGCUAUGUUUUACCACCAAAAGUUGAAUUUGCAAGGAUAUGCUCGGUUCAUUUUAGUCAAGAGUCCUUUCAUCAAGGUCGAGCACGGAAAGACCCUGUUAAGAAACGUCACCUACUACCAUCGGCUGUGCCAACGUUAUUUUUGAAUUGUUCAGAAGCUCCAAAUGUAAACAAGAAUGCGGUGGCUGAGUACAAAGAUUCCUUACCUGAUGAAGUUUUAUUGUGUCUGGUGAGAACACGUACGUACAUACGAAUAAAAGAAAAUGCCAAAAAAUCGUAUGUAAACAGAGAGAGAAGAAAGAAGGAGAAGAAAAUGAAGAAACUAGUGUCGUAA